AUGGCCCGUUUGGCCAGAUUCUGGGAUUCCCUAGAGAACGAUAAUCUCUUUGACAUAGUCCCUCAGCCGCCGAAGGUUCACAUCUGCAUUUAUCCUUCCCAACUGUUAACUUUCUCAUUUUGCAGCCGACAGUCACAAAGUUUCAACAGCAAUGGCUUCACAAUCUGGCACAUGCUCGAGACGACGAACUGCAGACGAUUCUGUACGCGAAGCCCCUUUUGCCUCCAGAUUAUAUUCCCCACUACCACGAAGAUGAGUUCUACGGAGCCAAGAAGAUAUCGGUCGGCUACAGGUACAAAGUGUUUGUGCAGGGAGUCAGGUUACCGGCCGGACGGUAGCGGUCACUCUUUUCACACCAUUACGAUCCUUUUACUUUAUUAGAAUGCUGUAUCCUCCCAUUUUUUUCGUCAUAACAGACGUUUUUCUUUAUAUUGUCCGGAUCUCUGGAGGGAUCCGAUCGGAACAGGUGGCGGCCGCCAUCCUUCUAUAAUUAAUGGCACUCUUCGAGUUGUUGAGCAUGUCUCUUUUCCGCUCCCAAGUUACUUUACAUCGAUUCCCAACCGAACUUCUUCUUCUUCUUCUUUGAAACCUAAUUAGUUGCAAUCUUUCGUUUCUUCCGUCCCACAAGUCAAAUCAAAAACGCAAACAGUAGUCGGUUCGGCUAAGGUGCGAAUGAAUGUUUACCGCGCGGAAAGGAUAGCAAUCUGAUCGGGCGGUACUUCAAUCGUAUUAAUAGUAUCCCAACUAGGAAUUCCAUGACUCUCCGGUAACCAGAAUGCUCCGAAGAGACGCGAGAACUAGUCCUCAUCCGUUUCUUUUCCAGCAAGUCCAUGCUGUCCACGUCACUGGGCAAUCUGUCGGCACCGCCGAAGCCGCAGAGGCGGAUAGCCAGACUGCGGAGCAGUGCGAACGAUUGUGCAGGUACGAAAAGGAUCAGAAGACGUUAGUAUUCUUGUUUUGGUUUCAGCCAGCCUUCCUCAGUUGCUGGAGAAGAGUUCUCUGUCGGAGCUGAUGAACAACAACAACGAGAGCAGCACCACUCUGUGCUCUUCCGUCCAAGCAGGUCAGAUUUUCCCAGCCACAGCGUCUUGGUAUUCUUUCUUUCCAGAAUCCUGCCCGACUGACACCGAAGAGGCGCUCAUUCGCAAUGUAAGUUCACUUUUUUCUUCUUUUUUUAUGUUUCGCCUCUCUCUCGUCACCCCCUAAAUCUUCUCCUAAUUGCCUCUUUCUCUUUGAUUGGCAACACAUGUGUGCUUCAGAUCAAGUUGCCCGGCUUCCGCGGGAACAUUUCGCGGGUUCUUAGCCAGAAGAGCAGUUCUCCCACCGGGUUCCGAACACCGACUCCGCGGGCCACGGCCCCUCCCUCUUACGAACAGUUUCAAGUUCUCAGGAGGAAUUCUAUGAAAUGUAGGUCAAAAGAACGAAGAGAUAACUAUAAAUAAGAGGUUCACUUGUAGCAAGUUGUGCCCCCAGCAGGAGUAACAGUAUUCCCUCUCCUCUUCCGCCCACUCCAACGCCUUCUCGAUCCAACACAAUCACAGUAAACGGUGUACACGUCCAGCAGGCGACUAACAGGUUUCGAAAAACUUUCCUCACGAUCAUAUUCCUUCUUUCAACCUGAUGCUUUCAGAAUAGACAUGAGCACGGACAGUGCGAACACAAUCCUCCGCUCGCCGUACAGCACCCGUUCGGACAGCAUCACUAGCGUCGAUUCGGGCCAGUGCUCGGGAGAUCAGAUUGAGCGCAGAUCGUUGUGUUCGGUGCGGCAGGAGAGCAAAGAGGACGAGGAGACGAGCAUGCCGAGUUAUGCGAGAAUGGCCAGUGAGUUGGGAAGACGAAUGAGCACGAGCGAUCUUUUCUGAUGAACAGGCACGAUGGAUCAUGUCCUGCGAACCUCCUCCGCGUUGUACAACAUCCUAUCGUCUACACUCGAGCCCAAUAUCUGCCGAGAUCUUCUGGCCAAAGUCAGUAUACGUUCUAUUAGCAUCUAUUAGCAAUGUCUUCUGAUUUCAGUCUUCUGUAUUCAUCCAACUUUGGAGUCGUCUCCUUGUGCGAACUGUCUGCCGAAGACCGAAAUGACCCGACUGAAAAUGAACGUGCAGGAACUGCAAAAGUGAGUCUACCAAAACUUGAAUGAAACAGCUCAGUUUGUGCAGAAAUCGGGAAGAAGGGAAGAUCGACAUGAACAACAUGACCAACUUCUUUGCCAUUCUCCUCAGAAAGUCAAUCGAAUCGGUUCUCCUUCUGUUCGUCAGAGUGAGUCCUUCCACUCAAUUCCUUUCGUUUCAUUCCAUUCCUCAGAUAAUCAGCAAGUACCUGUUCGAAACCAACGGAAAGACCGUCUGA